AUGUCUGAUGCAUCCUUGUACAGCGACAUUGCGUCUCUCAGAGAGACCGUGAAGUCGGGAAAUGAAUCCAUUGAUGAUGCUUCCCGAACCAAAGCCCUAAAAGCCGCCAAAGACCUGGUAGCGGAACUGUCCUCUCCUAUCGAAAGGGCCAUCCAGGAUGUAUCAGUCAACCUCGCCGUCCCUAUGGCCCUUCGCAUGGGCGUCCAGCUGGGCAUUUUCACCGCAGUCCAAGACCACAAAACCGAGGGAACCACCACCCAGCAGAUUGCAGAAGGCGCCAGUGCUAGUCCGAUUGUCGUCGGCCAAAUCUUGAAAGUCCUCUCUGCCGCGAACUACGUUCUUGAAGUGGGAGUACAGCUGUACAAGCCCUCUGCUCUUACCGCAGUCAUGGCAGAUCCGAUAAUGGAAGCUACAACGAGAGCAACCUUCGAUAUUGGGCAACCCUGCGUGACGUAUGGUCCCGAGUUCUUUCGUCGAAACGGAAACCAGUUCCCAAGCUCUGUGGAAGAUACCCCAUUCCAGUUAGCAAUGAAGACAAGGCUAAGCUACUGGGACUGGCUAGGCGAGAACCAGUCAUUGGCGGAGGACUUCCAGCAGUUCAUGACUAUCAAACAGCAGAAGACGCCCUGCUGGGUUGACUGGUUUGAUGUCAACGGUAUCAUCCUAGAUGGAUUCAGGAACAAUAAUAAAGAGAGUAUCUUACUCGUGGAUGUUGGCGGGGGCGAGGGACAUUAUACGAAUGCCUUUAACAGCAAGUUCCCUGAUGCAGGCCGCCACGUCCUGCAAGACCUACCUCACGUUCUCUCGAAUAUAACCAAUCCCCCCGAUGCAACCGAGUUGGUGGCGCACGAUAUGUUCAAACCCCAGCCAGUAAAAGGCGCAAGGGUAUACUAUCUCCACUGGAUUCUACAUGACUGGUCUGAUACCCAGGCCCGCGAAAUCCUAGCCCAUAUCGUUGAAGCCAUGGAGCCGGGGUACUCGCGUUUGGUGAUUAACGAGAAUAUCAUCCCCGAUAGAGACUGUGACUACAAUGUAGCUUGUCUGAGUAUGCUGAUGAUGGUCCAGGUUGGGGCAUUGGAAAGAACGGAGCUGCAGUGGCGCGAGUUACUCAGUUCCGUGGGACUGACGGAUAUCUCUUUUUACCAAACCCCAGAGGGCCCGGGGGGUGGUGAGGGUGUUAUUGUUGCUGUGAAGUCCUGA